CGCGGGCAGCCCAGGAGGCGGCAGGGGCCGCGAAGGCCCCCUGGGGCUCCGGGCGGUGUUUGACGUGUCGGAGUGGAGCGGGGCCGCGGCAUCAUGUCGAAGGUCACCUUUAAAGUAACGCUCACCUCGGACCCGCGGCUGCCCUACAAAGUGUUAAGUGUACCUGAAAGCACGCCUUUCACAGCUGUCUUGAAGUUUGCUGCAGAAGAAUUCAAAGUUCCUGCAGCAACAAGUGCCAUUAUAACAAAUGAUGGUAUAGGAAUAAACCCUGCCCAGACAGCAGGAAAUGUAUUUCUAAAGCACGGUUCAGAUCUGCGGAUUAUUCCUAGAGAUCGAGUUGGGAGAUCUUAACAUCUACUGAAAGCUUCGAAAUAAGUGACAUUGCCAUGCAGCAAAGGCCUUUUCAGAACUCAAAAAUGCAACUAAUGAAUUGGCUUUUAUUAAAGCUAGCAAAAAAUACUUCCUGGAUUUGAUUUUUUUUCUUUGAAACAGAGAUAAGGUUUCAUUUUGUGUUCAAAUAUAUGAACUCAUACACCGAUUCUUCCCUGACUAGUAGAAGAAUGGGCUGAUUCCAUAUUAUGUUCCUGAAAGAAACAUGGGCUUCUCUAUUGGUGUUACUGACGCUACAAGGGUAAACACAAUCACUAUCAAUAGAUAUUUAAAAUAUUGGAUGUUGCUGAGCCUACAUUGUGGAAGGGGGAACUGUGUUGUGGGUUUGCUACAAAGAAAUUUUUCCUACUGAGUGCUAAAACUUUUAAAUUUUUUCCUUUAUUGUUUUUUCUAAGUUUACAUCCAUGUUUAGAGGAACAGUUUUCCCAUGGUUAAAGUAUUAAGCUUAUUCCAGGGGUUUGUUACUCAAAUAAGUAAAUAACUGCCAAAGGAGAAAACUGAGCUAUCUAUAUGUCAAAACUUCAUUUGACAUGUUGUGAAGUUAAAUUCCCUGAAACUGCAUUUAAUUUGAGACCUAGCAUCCUGACAUGAAGUGCCAUCAGCUGAGAAGGACUGCAGUGUGAUUUGGGCUUGUGUAGGUACUGGUCAAAUAUGUCAUUCCUUUUUCAGCAAUCUAGUAUUCAUUCUUUCUAAAAGUCUUGUUUUGAUACUGUUUGUUGGAUCGGAAACAGACUAGAAUUCUGAAAUGUUUGUGUUCAGAUUAUAUGCUUCUUGUUUAUAAAUUGCUGGGGUAAAGUACCAGUUGUGUAUUUUAAUUAGAGAAAUUGCUGCUUUUCUUGAACUGGUAAUCUGUUUUGUGAUUUAAUAUAUUUGGCAGAAUCUUAUCCUUAUUCAAUUUUUUUCUGCCCUGCUGAAUUUAACGGAAAGAACAAUAGGCAAUGUAGUGCUUGGUUAAAUAGUAUUGUCAGUAAUACAACUGUCCCGUGCAAUAAUAGUGCUCUAGAAAGGUGUUCAGCUAAUAUGUCAGAUAGUGCAGAAGUACUAAAUGCUGUCUGAACCGGUAUAAAUUCAGUAUAUAGAGGAAAACUCUUGAAAGUGAUAUUUGACCAUAGACGUUUUCCAGCUCUAAGAUGAAUUGUAAAAUUCUGGAUUUUUCUUUAUUUUAAUAAUUGAUUAUAUGAUAAAAGUGCAAACUUUGUUCUUCUCUCAUAUUCUUAAUAAAAUUUUAACAGUAAUGAACAACUCUGUCCUUUCACCUUUUAAUCAACAUCCUUUAAGUUUCAUUUCAAGCCAAAAGAUUCUUAUUAUGCAGAAUUAUACAGAAAACUGCCCCUAAAGGGCAGAGUGCAUAGUUUCUAUUAAUCUAAUGCCACAAUAUAUUUAGGAUUAACCAAAUUAAUUACUUGUACUUUUUGUCUGAAAAUCUCUUGACUGAAUAUCUGAAAAAACACCUGAUAUAUACACUUGAAUAUUCAAUAUAAUGUAUACACCCAAAUAUAACAAAUGAAGGUUUUUUUCCUCCAGUCUGAGGGUGCAAAAUUGUUUUGUAAAGACCAUCGUGGUUAAAUGCAUUUUGAAACUGAGAUGCUCUGGUGUCAUGCAAAAGAUGGUUAUGUAAAAAUAAUUUCGAAUGGGGGAUAACAUUUCUUACACUUAAUUAGGUAAUAACACAGAAUAAAGUAUUUGUUUGAUAUGCUGCAUUGCAAGUAGUUUAUGCAAUGUGCAAAAUAUUUAUUCAUUUGGAACAAUAACUGGUCUUUGUAGUAUGUUCUGUGUUCAUUACACCUUUACCUGUGUGUGGUCUCUAAAAUCUGAACAUAACUUUUCUGUUUGGUAAAGACGUUUGAUUUUGGUGGUAAAAUAUACGUAGCAGAUGUUUGCAAAUUGAUUUGACAUUUGCAAGUUCAUUUUGUUAUGUCUAAGUCAUGUCUGACAUGGUUUUACAGGAAAAAUGAAAGUUUAGGACCAGGCGUUCUAGAACUUGGGAGUUGUCGUAAGAUUGUGAAAAGUCCUGUACUCUGACUUGUAUGGGUUUGUCUGACCAUACUUUAAAAGUCAUACUUUGAAAACUGACUCUACCUACAGUUUGUAUUGUCUCUGAAUCUGGUUAUAACUUGAUGGAUGUUAAAUUAAAAGACUUCUGUUUUUUGUGAUUAACUGUGUCACACCUUGGCUGAAGUCAAUUUAAAAGGUCUUUGUUUUUUUCUGUAUUUUACAUUUGUAAAAAGUUGGCUGGUUUAUACAAAGAUACUCUGUGAAGAUAAAUUUUGACAGAAUCAAAAAGCAUUGAUCUGAAAAGUC